UCUCGUGACUGCCGCUUUGCUGGUAAGCUCCGCCCCUGGAUCUCCUACUACAAAAGACGGCAGUCUCGCGCUCCUAACCGUCAGCUGACUGUCCUCCGCUGCUGCUGUACAGUAACAGAGAUGGCAGCGCUGAGAUUACUGAACUUCUGGGCUAUGUUAGUAACGCUCUCCGUCUGUAACGGGUGGCUUUUUGAGAAUUUCGGGAGCUACAGGAACCGGGAGGCGGAUGAAGUGGCUCUCUGGCCGCUGCCGCAGAAGAUUCAGAUUUCCGGGGCCGCUUUUCAGCUGAGCUCCGCCGGCUUCCAGAUCACCCACGCUAACGGCUCGACCGCCGGUCCGAGCUGCAGCCUCCUCCAGAACGCUUUCCGCAGAUACUUUGAUUACAUUUUUGGAAAUGCGAGGAAGCAAGGAAAGAACCAGCAGAAGGUGUUUGACUCAGAGCUGCAGGAGCUUCAGGUGUUGCUUACGGCCAAGGACCCAGAGUGUGACGGCUAUCCCAGUCUAAAAACGGAUGAGUCCUAUCAGCUUGAAGUGGACCAACCCGCUUCUGUUCUCAAGGCUGCAAAUGUGUGGGGAGCAUUGCGAGGGCUUGAAACCUUCAGUCAGUUGGUGUAUGAAGAUGACUAUGGAGCCCAUAAAAUCAAUAAGACAAGUAUCUCAGACUUCCCUCGGUUUGCCCAUCGAGGAAUCCUGCUGGACACAUCUAGACACUACCUGCCUCUUAAAGCCAUUUUGACCAACCUGGAAGCCAUGGCGAUGAACAAGUUCAAUGUUUUCCACUGGCACAUUGUGGACGAUCACUCCUUCCCCUUCCUAAGCCGUACUUUCCCUGACCUCAGUCAGAGGGGGGCCUUCCAUCCUUACACACAUGUGUACACUCCGUCUGAUGUGAAGAUGGUGAUUGAGUUUGCUCGCAUGAGGGGCAUUCGUGUUGUUGCAGAGUUUGACACUCCAGGACACACUCAGUCAUGGGGAAAAGGUCAGCCAGAUCUUCUGACCCCAUGCUUCUCUGGCAGCAGUCCAACAGGCACUUUCGGGCCAGUAAAUCCCAUCCUGAACUCCACCUAUGACUUCAUGACCCGCUUCUUUAAAGAGGUCAGCACUGUGUUCCCUGAUGCCUAUAUCCACCUGGGAGGAGAUGAGGUGGAUUUCUCCUGCUGGAAGUCAAACCCUGACAUUCAGAAGUUUAUGGACCAACAGGGCUUCGGCCAGGACUACAAAAAACUUGAAUCCUAUUAUAUUCAACGGCUCCUUGACAUUGUGAGUGCCACCAACAAAGGCUACAUGGUCUGGCAGGAAGUAUUUGACAAUGGAGUGAAGCUGAAAGCAGACACACAGCUCCACGUGUGGAAGGAGAAUCCGCAGUACCAGGAUGAAAUGGCACGGAUAACUGCGGCUGGGUUCUACACCCUACUCUCCAGCCCCUGGUACCUAAACCGCAUCAGCUACGGCCAAGACUGGCAAGCGGUUUACAAGGCUGACCCGCAGAACUUCAACGGCACAGCUGAACAGAAGAAGCUUGUUAUUGGUGGAGAGGCUUGUCUAUGGGGGGAGUAUGUGGAUGGCACCAACCUCACUCCCCGAUUGUGGCCCCGAGCAAGCGCAGUAGGAGAGAGGCUGUGGAGUGAUGAGAAUGUGAAGGACAUCAACAGCGCCUACAAUCGCCUGGCCAAACACCGCUGCCGCAUGGUCCAGAGAGGCAUACCUGCUGAACCUUUAUAUAUAGGCUUUUGUCCUCAUGAGUACGGUGGCCUGUGAGCUGAAAACAAGACCAGGGGCACUAAAACAGUCCACGGCUCCCGUUAUAAUGCACUGAGACAAUUUUGACUGAUUUUGAUGUGAAGCUUUUGCUACAAAACUUUACCAAUGAUAAAUGCAGCACUUUUUGUGUAAAAUUUUAUUAAAAAACACAUUUGUAUGUGGGAUUACCCCAUAAUCAUAUUUUUAGUAACAUGAACUCCUUUAGAUUAGUUUAUAUACUGUGUUGAGCAUAGCUGGUUUUAGACAGUUUUUCAUAUUUUUGACGUAUUCAUGCCACACAAAUGCACCUCAGUAUUUCAUCACUCAGGUUCUGGAAGAGACACCAGGCUGUCGUACCAGUAAUCUACAGGGAAAUGUACUUCUUGAUAUGUUUGUUUUAAUGUGAAAUUUGACAUUGCUAUGAUUUUAGAAAUCAAUAAACAAAAGGGAAAUUCCA